AAUUUGUAAAUCAACUUGAUAUAAAAAUUAUUAUUUCAUAAUUAAUAUAAUAGCAUAAUUAUUUAUAAUAAUUUUUUUAUCAAAAAAUUUAAUCACAUACGAUAUGCAUUUAUUUAAUUAAUUAAAAACAUAUAUUUAAUUAAUUAAAAACAUACUAAAAGGUUAGUUGAUAACUUAUGCUUAACCCAAAGACAAAAUUGCAAGAAUAGUCCCUGUCGUUAGGUCGAAAUUGCCACUUUGAGCCAAACAGGUUUUGACUAGCACUCAUGGUCCAGCACUCAUGGUCCAAAGGUUUUCAUUUUUUUGUCACUUUGGUCCAAUUUACUUUAAACUUUUUUAUAAUGACUAUUUUGCCCUUGGUAUUUGCUUUUUCAGUUUUUAUUUAUUUAUUUAAAUACUUUUAUAAUUAAAAGAAAAUAAAAAAUACAUCUAUCUCUUUCUCCCCUUCUAUUCUCCUCCACUAGUCAACCACUAGCAGCACCAUCGGUUACCACCGCCACCACCGUCGACUUUUCGGUAAACACCGCCACCACCGGUGAAUACCUCUCUUUCCCUCCAUCACCUGCCGGAAAAAUAUGAACAGCCACCACUUUCACAUGCCGAAAACCACCGCCACUCUCUCUCUCUCUCUCUCUCUCCCCUCUCUCUCCUGAUGAACCCACAGUCUUUCUCCAGAUUUUCUAACAUACAAGAAUACAAAAAAAUCUGAAAUUUAACAUACAUGAACACAUAGAAACAGAAAUGUUGAUCGGAGAUCGGAGCUACAAACUUUGCUUGGUCCGUUAUCACUUCAAACCUUCACAAAUGUAGAUCGAUCUUCUGCCUUGUAUCACCGUCUUCGCCUAUAAAACCCUAAUCGUUCUUCUGCCUCCUAUCGCCACCGCCCUUCGUGGUGAAACCCUUGGUAGUUUUUAUGCCUCUGAUCUAUGAAAGGGAAUUCAAACGACUAGACGAUAAGGGAGGUCCGAAGAUCUGUUUGUGGUGAAGGGGUGAAGCAAGAAAGGAGAGAGACGCUCAAACCCGACAACGUCGCUCAAACCUUUACGUUGGCGGCUAGGGUUUUCAUAUGGAUUGUCCUCUAUGUCCUCUGCUCCGAUGACUACUUCACCUCUGCAAACCCUACAUCGACGAACACGAAGAAAAAUCCGGCUCAGUUCGUCCCUCUUUCCCAGUUUGUCCUUCACCUUCAUCGCCUUCGUCGAGUCGCAUAUGGAGUGUAUGUGUUUGCUUUGAGAUCUGAAGAAGAAACGAUGUGAUGCAAACCCUAGCAACGUCGAAACCCCCUCGUUCCAGCCGCCACCAUCGCCUCUUUAAACCCUAACUUUGUAUUUCCCCUUCUCCAGCGAUGGUGCCUUCUCAUCAGAUCUUGAAGAAGAAAACCCUAGUUUCGAAUCAGAAGGGUGGCGGUGCUAGGGUUUCGUAAAAGUAACGUUCAAAACAGAUUGAUGAUGGUGGUGUGGGAAUCAGAUCAGGUUCAAAGGUUGCAUAGUCGUGGUGGCGGCCAAGAGUUAACAGAAGAAAGGAAGAAGGCGUCAGAGGUUGGUGAGGGCGGCGGUGAUGGCGGAUAGUGGUGGCAGUUAGGGUGUUAUUGUGUGUGUGUUUCCCUAAGAGAGAGAGAAAGAGAGGUGACGGGUGAGGAGAUGAGAGGUUCCACCACAGAGAGAGAGAGAGAGAAAGAAAGCAUUUUUAUUUUCUUUUUUUAUUUAUUUUGUAAAAAAAUUGAAAAAACAAAAUACAAAGGGAAAAAUCGUCAUUUAAAACCAUAAUGGACCAAACUCGCAACAAAAUAAAACUUUUUGGACCAUUGGUGCUAGUCCAAACCUGUUUGGCCCAAAAUGGCAUUUUUCGACAUACCACAAGGACCAUUCUUGCAAUUUUGUCUAACCCAAAAGAAAACAAGUAGAAAGUUGGGUCGUCAUAUUACAUUUCAACAAUAUCUUAGGGACUGUGUUUGUAAUCACUCUAAAGUAUAGAAUCCAAAGGGGGCUAUUUUCCCCCCUGUAUCUAUCAGGCUAUCGCCACUGCCGAUAUAUAAAAUUUCUCCGGCGUUCUUCUUCUUCACAACCACCUCCGUCAAUCUCACUAUCUUUCGUUCCCUGCCCACCUCGAUCAAACGCCUGAUUUGAGUUUUUUGGCGGAUAAACGAGUCAAAUUUUACUAGGGUUCACUCUAAGGGUUCAGAUUUCGCGCACAGAAGACGAUUUGGCAUUCAAGUUAAACGAAUUUGGGUGUUAGAAAGUGAUCUUUAUUCUACAACAUAAGGGUUUAUUGAUUGAAUUCAUGGAGUCUGAUAAAGAGGAUGUCGUUUUUCUCGAUCGAGCUUCUCGGGCAACGAGAGGAAGACGGAUGACCAAAUUGGUUGAUGAGGAGAUUGAAGAAGAUGAUGAGUUCUGGAACCAAGAAGCUUUGAAAGAUGAAGAAGAUGAUACAAACUACGUAGAAGAAAAGGAGGUUGCAGAUGUUUUUGACAGUGACUUUGAUGAAGAUGAACCAGAGCCAGAGGAAGAAGCAGAAAACGAGCCAGAUGAAAGGAAGAGGCCAAAGAAGAGAUUGGCAUUUCCAGGAAAGCAAUUGCCAAAAAAGAAGAAGAAGAAGGUUGUUUCAGAACCUGAUAGUUCUAAUGAGGAAGAAACAAAUGUUGACCAGUUAACGCCCCAAGAAGAGCAUGAAGUUCCUGAUGAUACAGAAGUUGAGAAAACAACCAGAAAGUCAACAAGAACUUCAGUUAUUGUUAGGCAAGCUGAAAGAGAUGCAAUACGUGCAGCACUUCAAGCAACAAUGAAGCCAAUAAAAAGGAAAAAGGAAGGUGAGGAAAAGAGAAUGACCCAAGAAGAGAUGCUUCUGGAAGCUGCUCAAACAGAAAUUAUGAACUUGAGGAACUUAGAACGGGUGUUGGCAAGGGAGGAAGAAGUAAAAAAAAGAGCAAUUGUUCAUAAAGCUCACUACACCGGCCCUCAGAUACGAUAUCUUUCUAAAGAUGGUUAUACAUACCUUGAAUUUACUAAUGGGGUGUCAUUUCAAUCACAGAUUCCUACAUCAGCCCCACCAUAUCCAGAGAAAGCUGUUUGUGUAGUUACAGGAUUACCUGCAAAAUAUCGUGAUCCUAAGACAGGUUUGCCUUAUGCGACAAAAGAGGCUUUUAAGAUUAUUCGUGAAAAGUAUAUGAAUGAUGGGAGUGGGAUUAAAGAGAAGAAUAGCAUGGGAGUGGUUUAUGAAUUGGCUUGUGGGGAAGGAGGAGGUUUCAGAAACAAGAAGAGGAGAACAGUGAAUCCAAACAGCAAAGAGAAGUCUUAUAUGAGAUCAUUGGCUCGUUUUCGCCAGAUUCCAGCUUUCGAAUACCAAGACUCUGAAUGACACUGCAAACAUGGAGAGCUUUUUGCAUUUUUUGAAGAUGGCUUGGCUUCUAAUGUAUUUGAGUUGAGUUUCAGAAAUGGCUGGAAAAAGAAAGGCGGAUCAUGAUUCAUGAUUAUCAAUUUUAGAGGGAAGUUUUAGUAUAUGCAUUCUUGUAUUGGUAGUGAUUGAUUCAGUCUUUUGGUUUCUACCAAAAGGCCUCUCAUCUCUUCUCUUAUGUGCGUGCACACAUGGUGACAAGUACAAGAAUAAAUUACAGUUUUUGUUCUUGUGUGCUAUCGUUUUUUCCUUGUAUAAAUUUGCAUCUCUUAUAUUUCAAUCUGUUGCUGCUUUUACUAAUUUUAAUCUAUUGCUGUUAGUUUUGUAAAAGACUGAAAUAGGUUUUGUAGCGUUUGGGAAUGCUAUGGUGGUCUUCAAGAAACCCUAAGUUAGUAUGAUCUUGGGGUUGAUUUGGAUAAGAAUGAUGGAUUGUUACUU